AUGCAAGCUGUACCACCUACUGUGAAGUAUUUGGAGAACGAUCUUGAUAUCAUCUGUUCCAUCACGAAUCCUUCACAUCUUAAAGCAAUAGUUUCUUUAGAGUUGCUGAGGAAUGAAAGUGGAUCGUUUCAAACAAUCGUUUCCAUCAAUCAGGAUCAAAAACCCCAUUGGAUAAACACGUUAUUGGAAAGAAGAGCUACCGUCUCAGGAUCAGUAAACGGCACGAACUCAGCAGAAUUGAAGUUUUCAAUCGAUAAAAAAAAUGUGCUGUGCCCAGAAGAUUUUACCACGUACAAAUGCAAAAUGUCAGGAUAUCAUUAUACAACUAGCUUUAAUGAUAGGGCGCAUGGUGAAGAUCAAAUUACCAUCACAUAUACAAGUAAACCAACAGUGCUAAACGAACCUACAGUACAGAUUUAUAACAAUGGCCCCGAUACAAAAGAACGCCGGUUUCCGGAUAAAACGGUUCUCAAACUAACAUGUCAGGGAGAAAUCGGCACUAAUCCUAAAAAGAUUAUAAGAUGGUGCAUCAAAAAAGCCUCUCAGCACUCUUUUGUGGUAUUCCCUCUCACUACUAAUCACACAGUUCCUUCUCGUUUCGGAUGCCAGUACACUCGAUCUAGUACCAUCGUCUAUAACAUAACCAGCGAAGACGAGUUCACACAAUUCCUUUGCGAGACUGGAGAUUAUGAAAUUUGUGGGACGGGAUCGAUAAUACGAUAUGUUAACAUCAGUAAUUUAGGCAAGUCUUAUACAGAGGGUACAAAAGUUACAUCGAGGCCUUCAAUAUCCACUACUAGAACUGCAAAAACUCAGACAAUGAUGAUUCCCACACUUCAUCAAGCGAGCACGGUGAAUUCCACAUCAUCAGCAAACAAGCAUGGACUUGGAUAUUAUUUAUAUCUCUAUAUUGGUGUUGCUAUUGGGUCGGUUAUAAUUUUAUUUGCAGCCGUGUGUGGAUGUGUAAAACGGAAACGAAACCGAGGGAAUGCCAAAAGGAUAACAUCUCUCUACACAGAUCUUCAAAUUUACGAAGGCAUCAGAGAAUCUGUUGCAUUGCAUCGUUUUGUUAAUCAUGUGAUCACCCUAAUGAAAAAUGACAAAGAGGAACUCACUGAAGAAUAUCAAGCGUUACUUCAGUCUAGCGAAAGAAUAACUGCAGGUACAGCAAUAUCGAUGGGUGUACCAUCAAAAAAUAGAAGCGGUGUUGUUCCUUACGAAUUUAAUCGUGUAAAACUUCAAAAACGGGAAUCAAGUUCGUCUAACAAUUAUAUCAACGCAAGUAUUGUUUUGAACGGCUUGUAUAUAAUGACACAGUAUCCUCUUCAAAGGACGACAGCAGACUUUUGGCAAAUGCUUUGGGAACAAAAUGUUCCAUCGAUAAUUGCACUGACAGAAAAAAAUGAAGAUAUAAAGAAUGAAUGCUAUUAUCCGAGCAAAGAUUGUGUGGUUCGGUCAUUUGGAAGAAUCGAUGUUGAAUUACUCGCAACAUUCAACAUAUCAGAAGAUCUGACUCUGCGAAAUUUCAAAUUAUCAAGGGGAAAGCAGACAAAAAAUGUUGGUCAUUUCCAUGUUACCAAUCUGGAUAUUUCCUUCCUGCAAGAACAAAUUCCGAAUCUUGUCACCAUAGUUGAACAAACAAAUAAGGGUAUUACCAUUCACGGACCACGUGUCGUUCAUGGCAGUUGCUCUGACAUGGACUUUAGUGGUGUGUACAUCGUGGUUGAUUUCCUCAUGAACUCCAUCCUCUCUGGCAGUGACAGUAUUGACGUUUAUGGAACUACCCUUAAAGUGCUCAAAGAAAGAAUGUCUUCAAUUCAUUCAGAAGACCAAUAUUCAUUGAUCUACACUUGUCUUCAGAGUUCUGUUCAAAAUUCAACAGAAGUUAAAAAAGUUAAGCCUAGUUCAUAUGAGAAUGUUACCUGAAGACGGCAAGUGAUAAUCAUCCAGUGACAAAAAUCAUACUUUAGUAUAGAUAACUCCUGAUUUUGUAAAUAUUUGUCCAAAUGCAUGGCAUGUAAUAUUCUAUUUUCUUUUUCAUUAUAAUGCCUUUUCUCUAACUUUAAGGAUUGCGCUUAGUCAGAGUGAAAAACAAUAAUCCAUUGAUGAUAAUGUAAACACAUCUAUUGUAUAUUUUAGACAAUUGAUUGCAGUGUAUAUUUUUCACUUUCAAAAAACUAGGUCAAUGACCUACUUUUUAAGUUA